AGGCUUCUUGAAUAUAUUAAAACUUCGAAUUGCAGAUUACUGUCCGAGAAGGUGAACGAAUUGCAAGAUAAAUUCCAACGAGCGAUGUUUUUGUAUUCGCAGUUGGACAAUGAAAAAUCAGCCCUUUUAUAUGAAAUUGAUCUUUUAAAAGAUGAUAUCGAAGAAAAGGAACAGCUUCUUAGUCAGAUAACACGGGAAUCUCGCGAUCUUACGAGUGAAGUCAAAUUAUUAAAGCGAACAGUGGAUGGACUGAAUGCACAACAGCUAGCACUAAAGGCAGAAAUCGCUCAACGUGAUCAGCUCAUCCAGGAGAAUGGUCUUGUUCUUGUCGACCAAAAUUCCGAAGAUAUUUUAGCCGAGAAAACAGAAAUUGAAAAAUUGCCACCUUUGGUAUUUUCUCAACAAACUAUUGCACUUGUGGAUAAAGCUAUUCCUGGUUCUUCAUCUCUGGAUGAUAAAAUAAAAAAACUCAUUGAUAUGAAUAAAAAGCUUAGACACCAGGUUGAAGAAGCAGAACAGUCACUUUACGCCCGAAGAUCAGCUCGACCCGAGUAUUCUGGUGCUUCUCACAAUGGAGGAUUGGGCGAAGAUCAACAACGUGAUGCAGCUAAGCAGUUGGCUGAAAUUAAAUUCAAACUUCAAGAAUCUGAACGUGAAAAUACCAAUUAUCAAGGAAAUAUAAUCCGUAUCGAAGGACAACUGAAAAGAUUUAAAGCAAGUGCUGAACAGGCUGAGAAGGAACUUACUGAUUUGAAAUCUCAAAAUCGUCAAUUGAAAAAAGAUUUACGCGAUCGAGAAAAUGAUCUAGAGGAAGCCAAAGAAACCAACCGACAUUUGCAAAAUCGUCUUGAAAAACUUCGAUUUUCAAGUUCGAGACGUGUACAAUAA